AUGCGUCACUUGACUUCUAUUAAGGAUCUCAGCGAUCAAGAGUUCCGUAUACUUGUAGAAAGAGCAGAACACUUCAAAAAGCUAUUCAAAGCAAAUGACAUCAAUGAAACGCAGAAGCAGCAUUUGAAGCUGCUUGGAAAAACCGUCGCUUUGAUUUUUUCUAAGAGAUCGACUAGAACAAGACUUUCUUCCGAGGGAGCUGCGGCUUAUUUCGGAGCGCUACCCAUGUUUUUGGGCAAAGAAGACAUCCAAAUGGGCGUCAAUGAAAGUUUCUACGACACAACAAAAGUGGUUUCGUCGAUGGUUUCCUGCAUUUUUGCUCGGGUGAAUAAGCAUUCCGAGAUCCAAGAAUUGGUGGCACACUCGUCCGUUCCAGUGAUCAAUUCGCUGUGCGACAAAUUUCAUCCGCUACAAGCCAUCUGCGACGUUUUAACGAUAAAGGAACAUCUAGACUACAACAAGAGAAAAUUAAAGGUAGCAUGGGUCGGAGACGCCAACAAUGUGAUCAACGACAUGGCGAUUGCUUGCUUAAAAGUCGGUAUCGACGUCUCGGUUUCUUCACCCGUGGGCAUCGAACUGGAUGCGGAGAUUUGCGAGAUUGCUCACAGCACGGCCAAGAGCAACAACGCCAAAUUCGUAUUCACACACAACUCUACAGAAGCCGUGAAGGACGCCAACAUUGUCGUCACAGACACAUUCAUUUCGAUGGGCGAAGAAUUCGCCAAAGUCGCCAAGCUAAAGCAGUUCCAAGGCUUCCAAGUUAAUUCGGAACUGUGCUCUCAUGCUGCGCGAGACUACAUUUUUAUGCAUUGUCUUCCAAGACACCACGAGGAAGUGACCGAAGAUAUUUUUUACGGCGAACACUCUAUCGUGUUCGAGCAAGCUUCCAACAGACUGUUUGCGGCGAUGGCUGCUUUGGACGUCUUCGUUGUGAACAAAGGUGACUUUUCAGCAGGUCCUUGA